AUGUUAUCUACACUAUGUACUUGUAUUGCCAUUCAACCAAAAUGGUAUAUUAUAGGUCUACUUUCUCCACUAUUCUUUUCAUUACCUCAUCCUAGGAAAUUAGAUGAAUGGGUUAGAGCUUUUAACCAAAGACAUUUCACACUAUCUCUCUAUUUCUUAUGUGCAACAAUUACUAAUAUCGUUGCACUAUUAUUACUAUAUGCUAGAAUCAGUAAAGGAGGUUUCUAUAAUUUUGUUAUUGCUAUUGUUUUAUUUGUAUUGAUCAUCAGUUCUGAGGUAGUUGCAUAUAUCCACCAAAGGAAAGGUAACCACUUGUAUAGUGAAGAGGCAAUACAACCAUUAGCAGAUGAUGAAGGUAAUGUUCAACCAUAA